AACAGUCAUCAUGCUUUCCUGAACAGAAAGCGGAAACAAAAGAAAGAAAAAAAACCUACACACCCUGGGUGAGUGAGUGAGCGGCUGUAUGAAAUAGAAAAGGUCUGGUUGCGUUACGUGGACCGUCGGAAAUAGCAACGAGGAGUCACCGAAAGGUACGCCAGGGUAUCGGGCAUUAACUAUGGCGUUGAAAAGAAUACAGAAGGAAUUGAAUGAUUUGCAACGUGAUCCACCAGCACAGUGUUCAGCAGGACCAGUAGGAGAUGACUUAUUUCACUGGCAAGCAACAAUUAUGGGACCGAGUGAUAGUGCCUAUCAAGGAGGAGUGUUUUUUUUGACAAUACAUUUUCCAACGGAUUAUCCUUUUAAACCUCCAAAGGUAGCUUUCACAACAAAAAUAUACCACCCUAACAUAAACAGUAAUGGAAGUAUUUGUUUGGAUAUUUUGAGAUCACAGUGGUCACCGGCAUUAACAGUAUCAAAAGUUUUAUUGUCCAUAUGUUCGUUGCUUUGUGACCCCAACCCAGAUGACCCCUUAGUACCAGAUAUAGCACACAUUUACAAAUCAGAUAAAGAAAAAUAUAACAGACUAGCAAGAGAAUGGACCCAAAAGUAUGCAAUGUAAAGGAAACCCAACAGAACUUUUUUUUUUAAAAGUCACAAAGCACUGUAAAUUCUAGAAUCUAAAAUGUUGAAUUAGGUUAUAUUAUUGAACAAUCCGAACUGUUAACCUGUUUCAAAAAAGGCAACUAUACUUCUCGAGUUGAUGUUUAGUGUUUUGCAAGGGAAAAAUCUGAGUAUUCCAUAAGAAGGCUUAACAGCUUGUUUGAAUUGCAGUUGUUUUUUUUUUUUUCUCUUCAUUAAGCACUUUUGUGUUUUUUUUGAUCUGUAAAGUUAAUUACAAGUAACUGUAAUGCAACUUUAUUGCUGUUAUCAUCCAUAGACUAAAUCUUAUUUACUUCCAUUCAUUGUUUUCUUAUUUUGUUCUUGUAGGUAGUUUCUAAUUUUUUCUUUUUAGAGAUUUUUAUUGUAUAGUAUGAAAGCUAUACUGAAUCUAUUUUUAUUAUUUUGCAUUAAAAGUUAUAAAAAUAAAUUACCUAUGUUGUAUAUUUUGUUUUGUGUCUAAACAUUCUUCGGAAUGACUAAGCAUUAUGUCUCAAAUUUAUAUUUGAGAAUAUUUAAAAACAGUAAAGGCGACGGGGAAAUUGUAUGGUUUAUUGAAAUAACUUGGGUCUCUGGUCCAAUUUAAUGUUUUAAUUAGGACUGAUUAGUAAACAUGUAAAAGUGCAUAUCGUAGUUGUUUUUUUUCUUGUGUAAGAUGAAAAUUCUACAGUACUAAAAUGCAGUAUUUGGUUUUCUUUAACCUAUAAUCUUACUUUUUAUUUAUUUAAUAAAACAAUUUUCUUGCAUUUUU